UUGAUUGGUCUGUUCAGUGGCGAAAGUGUUCAUUGUACGCCAUUUCUUUUAAUAUUUGAGUUAAAAAUUUUGUUGUUCCUGCUUAUUAUUAAUCAUUGGUUGUUGUUCAGACUAGUAGCAUUAGCACAUUACUUUUUAAAAGUAUCAUUAAGAAAGUUUUUUUAUAGCUGUUGUAUUGUCACUUGUUAUGAUAUGUCUGGAAGAACAUCUGGCGCUAAUACUACACCACUUGGGCGUCCUAAUCCCUCAAUGUUAGGAUCUUCUAAUAAGACAUCUAGCAUGUUAAAACCUAGUUACAUGACUUCUUCUGAAAAUAAUAAAAGAAGUCGGGAAGACGAUUAUGAUUAUCAGUCAACAAAGUGGCCUCCAGAGGAAAACUCAUGGAUGUCAUCAAAUAAUCGUAAUAAUAAUAAUAAUGAUAAAAGUGAAUCUGAACGCGAAAAAGAACGCAAAAGAAAAAGGAGAUCUCGUUGGGGUGGUGAUGAAAAAGAGAAAGUUUUCAUUCCGGGUUUGCCAACAGUUUUGCCCAACAACUUGAACCCUCAACAAGAACGUGCAUAUUUGUUGCAGCUGCAGAUUGAGGAAAUUAGUAGACGUCUUCGUACUGGUGACCUGGGAAUUCCCCCUAAUCCUGAAGAAAGAUCUCCUUCUCCAGAACCAAUAUAUAACAGUGAAGGUAAGCGUUUAAAUACCAGAGAGUAUCGAACUCGAAAGAAGUUGGAAGAUGAUCGUCAUAAUUUAAUUCAAGAGAUGUAUCAGUGUAAUCCUGAAUACAAGCCCCCACCUGACUACAAACCUCCUCUAGUCAAAGUGUGUGAAAAGGUUAUGAUUCCACAGGAAGAACAUCCUGAUAUUAAUUUUGUUGGCUUGCUUAUUGGGCCUCGAGGUAAUACCUUAAAAUCGAUGGAAAAAGAGACAGGAGCUAAGAUUAUAAUUCGAGGUAAAGGCUCAGUAAAGGAAGGCAAAGUAGGUCGCAAGGAUGGACAACCUCUUCCUGGGGAAGAUGAACCCUUACAUGCCUUUGUAACAGGAAAUAGUCAUGAAAGUGUCAAAAAAGCUGUUAAUAAGAUCAAAGAUAUUAUUCGCCAAGGAGUUGAAGUACCUGAAGGACAAAAUGAUUUGCGGCGCAUGCAAUUGCGGGAAUUAGCCCUUUUAAAUGGAACAUUACGUGAAAAUGAUGGACCACGUUGUACUAAUUGUGGAGGUACAACUCAUAGAAGUUGGCAGUGUCCUGACAAGCCUAAUGUUACUAAUAAUGUCAUUUGCUCAAAUUGUGGUUCUGCUGGUCAUAUCUCUAAAGAUUGUCGAGAGCAAAAAGCUCCUGGUGCAUUAGGAGCACCUGAUAAGGCAAAGAUAGAUGAAGAGUAUAUGUCAUUGAUGGCUGAACUGGGUGAAGGACCACCACCUCCUAAUAAAGGAAAUUCUGUUGGUUCUAGUAGCCAGUCAUCUGUAACUCCUUUGCAAGCCCCACCUGGACCUCCAAGGGCUAUAAUGGCUCCACCACCUUCCAUAUCAACGUCUCAAUUUCAGGCCACAAGCUCUCAGCCAACAUUCAACAAUGCCCAGAAUAAAUCUGCAAUUCAAAGUGUUCCCCCUCCAACCACUGGCAUGCAAAACACAAUGUUCAUGCCUCCUCCAAUUAUGUCUCAGAUGCCCCCUCCCCCAAUGCCUCCUUCUUCCACUGUUUCUCCAAUGGGUAUGCCACCCUGGACCCAACCUCCAUUCCAAGCACCUCCUGGAACUGUACAACAACCAGUAAUGCCCAAUCAGGCUGCAACUGCUCCGGCAGUAGGAAUGCUUGCUCCUCCUCCACCACCACCCAGUCUCACAGUUGGAUCUCAGCCACAAGCUAAUUGGAUGACACCACCAACUGUCACUCAAUCUAUGGCACCAUGGCAAAUGCCUCCUCAAGUGUCUGGGCCGAUGCCAGUCCCUCCACCUCCUGGCAUUGCACCAAUUCCUCCACCUGCUGCAAUGGCUACAAUGUAUCCAUGGGGUGGGUUUAUGGGAGUUCCACCCCCACCUCCUAUGCAAACAGUUUCUGCUGCUACUGCUGCUUCCCUCCAGACCUUAGCAGCACAGCCUCCACCACCUCCACCUCCUGCAACCACUUCUAUACAAACAACUAGUGCUACUUCAUCAACACAAAAUGUUUCACUAGCCACUUUAUCUCUACCAUCUCUGCUGUCUGCACCUCCACCUCCUCCACCACCACCUCCCAGUUAAACUGAGAGGAAUUUGAGACCAUCUUUUAUGUCUCCAUCUCAAAAAAGUGGAUCAUAGUACUUCAUUUAUUCAAUUGCAUUGUUGUGAAUAAUUUCUUGUGUCUGCAUUUUAAAUCAUUCUUAUAUUUAGUAGAACAAUGCAUUCAAGGAAAUAGAGUAAUAGACUUUGAGCCCUCAGAAGCCAUGUACAACUGAUUAUAAAAAAUUUGAUAAAUAUUCAUGUAUGAAUAUUUAUCCAAUUAUUUAUUAUGGUUGUUAAAUUACAAGUACUGAUUCAAGAAAAUGUGAGAAAUUUUUCUUGGUAUUUAUAGAGGACUUUGGUAACUUACAAUUUCUGUCUAAAAAAUACUAUUUUUACUGAAUCGUGCAAAGUAAAUGUCUUCUUUUUGAUGUGCUUUCAUAAAGAAAUAUUUUUACCAAGAUUUUAGGCUUUUCCCAAACUUCACCUAGUAAGUAUGUACAAAAUUAUCUAAUAUUGCUUAUUAUCUAUUUAUCUUCUAAACAUAUUUAGAUUAAUUCAGUCAAAAAUUUAAAUUAUUAUCUUUUUGAAAGAUGUGAUAUUUAUGUUGACUUACAUUUAUAUCUUCCUAUUAUAUUCAUUUUAUCUAUUAAUGAAUGUCAGAUCUCUGCAUAUUUGAAGGGUGAGCAAAGAUUUUUUUCUUUUUCUUGUUUUUGGAUAUUAUUAUAUGAAUUUCAUAUAAAUAAUUUUUGCUAUUGUUUUUCUAUGUUAAGUUUAUCAGCAUUAUAUUCCUUAAUUUAAGGUUAAAUAUGAACUGUAAAAAUUUGCAUUUUGACCUCCAGCAUCUUCGAUAAUUUUUUUAUAUUAUCAGGAGCUUCGGCUUGAAAUAAAAUAAUUUUUUAAAAAUAGUUAACAUUUUAAAUCUAUGAAUUAUAAUAACAGCUGGACUAGUGUCAUAUUUAUUUUCCCAAUUUAUCUUACAAAUAAGUGUUUUUUGCUGACAAAGAAUGAAUAUUAUAUGUUGUAAUCUUUAAAAAAAUAACAAAUAUUGGUUGUUUUGAAUCAUUGAUUUUUAACUUUGUAACUAUAGAAUUAAAUAUUUUCCUUGGCUGUUUUUCUGAAAUGAUGUAUUAAAAAGAAUAU